GCUUUACAGCAACAGAGUUUAGACUGUCUUUGCUUCAUCAUCUGAAGGCAAAAUUUUCCAGAUACGGCAGACGGCUCUCAGAGUACAAUAAACAGGGAAUGAGAACUAUUUACAUGGAAAUUUCUUCCUCAUGAUGCAGCGGAGAAGCCUCGGCCGCUUGAUUUUGCCAGAUGUUCCUGGGGUUACUGUAAAAGGAAAGGAGAGGCAGAGCUAAACAAGGUUCAAGAUUUAAAAGUGCCUGUGUGAAGUCACUUUUGCUGGAAACCACAGCCCGGGAGCUUUUGUGUGAUCGUGUUUUGCUAUCAAAUACACAUUACCCUGACCUUACGAGUGGACGAAGAUACCUCAAUUGUCUGGCUUUGCCAGUUGCUUGAUUUUGGAAUUUUAAAAGGUGAGAGGAAAGAGAAAUCCUGCUAAGAUCUGAACAUCUAAGUGGCUUAUUUUCCGGCAUCGUCAACAGCUGCGAGCGUCCGAACUACAUAUUCUCCCAAGGAGUGCCAUGAUAUUGAAGUCACUUUAUUAAAAACAGUUGUGUCUGCAAAACGAUCAGGCGACUCGGACGUUUGCAGCCAGAGAUGACAGUGAGCACGCUUUCACUGCGGCCCGCAGGCUUCGAGUGGGGCACAGUGAUUGACGAGUGACCGCCUGCCGAUCAAUUCUCUCCUCACUUUGUUUCCUGGACUGGGCUUCUUGAAGCAAUUUGUCACUUACCUUCAGACUUACAUGUGGGAUUUCCCACAGCAAUAGUUUUGGAAUCAUUGGAACUUGAUUUGAUUUCAUCAUUUAACAGAAACGAACAGGAUCCAAGUUAUUGUCUCAUCAUGGCUUUGAAUGUGGCCCCGGUCAGAGAUACAAAAUGGCUGACCUUGGAAGUCUGCAGGCAGUUCCAGAGAGGGACGUGCUCUCGCCCUGAUGACGAAUGCAAAUUUGCUCACCCCCCCAAAAGUUGCCAGGUUGAAAAUGGAAGAGUCAUUGCCUGCUUUGAUUCCCUAAAGGGCCGUUGUUCAAGAGAGAACUGCAAGUAUCUUCACCCUCCAACACAUUUAAAAACUCAACUCGAAAUUAACGGGAGGAACAAUUUGAUCCAGCAAAAAACUGCAGCAGCAAUGCUUGCCCAGCAGAUGCAAUUCAUGUUUCCAGGAACCCCACUUCAUCCAGUGCCCACUUUUCCUGUAGGUCCCGCAAUAGGGACAAAUACGGCGAUUAGCUUUGCUCCUUACUUAGCACCGGUAACCCCUGGAGUUGGGUUAGUCCCAACGGAAAUUCUACCCACCACGCCUGUUAUUGUUCCCGGAAGUCCACCUGUCACUGUCCCGGGCUCAACUGCAAGUCAGAAACUUCUCAGGACUGACAAACUGGAGGUCUGCAGGGAGUUCCAGCGAGGUAACUGUGCCCGGGGAGAGACUGACUGCCGCUUUGCACACCCCGCCGACAGCACCAUGAUCGACACAAACGACAACACCGUAACCGUUUGUAUGGAUUACAUAAAGGGGCGUUGCAUGAGGGAGAAAUGCAAAUAUUUUCACCCUCCUGCACACUUGCAGGCCAAAAUCAAAGCUGCGCAGCACCAAGCCAACCAGGCCGCGGUGGCCGCCCAGGCAGCCGCGGCCGCGGCCACAGUCAUGACUCAGUCGACUGCCAAAGCAAUGAAGCGACCUCUCGAAGCAUCUGUAGACCUGGCCUUUCCUCCUGGUGCUCUUCAUCCUUUACCAAAGAGACAAGCACUUGAAAAAAGCAACGGUGCCAGCACUGUCUUUAACCCCAGCGUCUUGCACUACCAGCAGGCUCUCACCAGUGCACAGCUGCAGCAACACACGGCAUUCAUUCCGACAGAUGAGAAAGCUGAGGCCCCCUAAAUGUGCAGUGACUUCCCAAGGUGGCACUACUAAAGAGAAAACGACCUAGGACCCAGUUUCCCUGUGACCAGUUCGAUGUACAUGACAUGACACCAGCCAGCCUCCAUAGGCGGAGGCCAGAGUCCUCCUUUAGAGCUUGGCAUAAAACAUCAGAUAAACGUGAAGAAACAAAAGUACAAUGCACGCCGACCCUCCUCUGUUUUUUUUACCCACCUCCCUGACCACAGACCUACAUACACCAUAAACAAACACCAAGAGUGACCAUAAAUGACUAGGGUUUUGACCUUUUAGUCUGAGCUAAAUGAAGGGAUAACAUUUGUAAAAUACAAUUUGCUGUAGUGUCAAAAAUAAAAAUAAAAAGAACCAGGGAGUGACUUAGGCUUUAGUGAGAAGGCUGUCCAUUGAGUUCUUAGUUUGAAGUCAACAUUUUCAGCCCAUGACAGUGACUUGAAGGUCAAUAUAGGUGAAUAACAAUUUUAUCCAAAAAAAAAAAGCAUAUUGAUCCCAAUCCACAUGGGUGGACUUUUCACGUUUAUUAUCCAUUUUCUUAAAUCCUGUAGCAUAUCAGGAAUUACCAUAGGAGGGAGCUGAAUAAAUAUUUCUAUCCUAUUCUCUAUAUAAAAUCUACACUUUGAAAUGAAUUAUUAACCUAACAAUAUUUAUAUUGUAGUAAAAAAUAUAAAUUACAUUAGUAAAGUGGUUCUUAGUACAUAGUUUUCUUAUUUUAGUUCUGCUCUUCUCUUAAAAUAAAUAGACUCAUAGAUCUGUAGAAUGAGUCUCCAAAUCAGUAAUUAUUGGGGCUUCAAUCUUGUCCUAUUACAGCCUUAAUGAGUGACAUUUCAGUACAGUUAUAGCACAGCAGUGAUUGUACUUGUAUUCCACUUGAUAUAGCAUGUUUAGAAAAUAAUUACUAGAAGGUAAACUUAUCUGAAGGUCCUGUGUGAUUUCUACAAGUGUCUUAUUUGAUAGACCUUGUCACUAGAUAUUUUAAGAGAAAAAAAUUGUGGAAGAAUAUACUGAGGGGAAGAACAGAAAAGGACAAGUCUGUUUCUGAAGACUGGGUAGCAGUGCCACUACCAUUUCCUGGGAAUGCCUCUGAAACCCUGGAGCUAAGCCAUGCAAAAGGCGGAAAGGCCUCUAACUCAUAUUUAACACUUCAAUAAUGACUGACUUGUUAAACCACUGGAAUAAUUCUCAUGUAAAAAUAUUUCACCUGGAAACCGUUUAAAGACUUCCAAAGCAAGAACGAAUAACGUCCCAUUUGCAAUGGCCUGAUUAUAGUUGACGAAAUGCUUGUGUUGAGGACCCAAAGGCUGUUCUGGGUGCUGUGGUUGUGCACUUCCGCCCCCUGCUGGACUCUUUAAGAACUGUUCAAGUGUGUCCAGCAACUCUCAAUAGUGGGCUUUGGGAGAAGAAAAGUGGGUCCUAGCCCGCUUAAUUCUGUGGAGUAGAAGUAUUUCCAUCUGUAACAUGACAUAAAUAUCAUAAUGAACAAACGUGGAUCUCAUGCUUUGCAAUGGUGUUUCAACUUCUAUGAAGUUUUCACGUUUCUCUUAAAUGAUGAAAGGAUAAUUUUAUUAAAAGGAAAUUAGCAUAGUCCUUCCCCCAGUUAAAUCUGUAACAGAAAACUCAGUGUUUAUUUUAGUUUUUAUCUCAGGCAGUCUUUCUCAUAAGCCACAUUUUCAACCUAAUUUAAAAUGACAAUGAUAAUAAUC